ACUCGAGAAACAACAAGAAGACGAAGGAAGUUAGGAGGAGGCGACCAACUUGGAAACCAAGUUAAAGGGUUGCUGCUGAUGCUGCUGCUGUGGGAGGGGACGCCAGAGCAGAAGGUGUGCGGUUGAUUCUUGGUCACCAUCUGAAACCCAACCCUUCACCUUCCUGUCCUUUUCUCCCCAACUCUUUCUCUCUUGCUAUAAACCCGUUUACCAUUUCCCUCCUCCUGCAAAUAUUUCUGGGUUAUAUAGUUUGUUCAAAUUUACCCACUUGGGUUUUCUGGGUUACGAGCUUUUUUGGAGUUCUGUGGAAGUUGUGGAAAUUGGCGGAGGAUUUGGGAGUGCCUUGUUGGUGUUCGAUCUUUUGCCUCAAAGAAUGCUCAUGGUUUAUCUAUGGCGUGGCGCCACUCAGAUGGGGCCUCACUCUGGUAUUUUGUGAGUGUUUUUCGUUAGAGUCGUCACAUAAACUUCAUGUUGCUAUUCAGUUAAAUUCCAAACUACUCUCCCCUCACCCAGGACGUGUUCUUGCUUACCCGAAAAGAAAUCAAGGAAGGAAAGGAAAAGAAAGCUGCCAUUUUUCCCCUCCUACGUUCACCAAAUCAUCUUUCUUUCUCUUCUUUUAGCUAUUUGAGCUAUUCUAGAGCCUGCCCAUUUUCGAAAUUCUGAAAGAUGAGAAUGAACAUGAGGUACCCUUUUACAGUAGGUUCAUUGUAUAACUCAUCAGGCUCUGCAACUCCAUAUGCAUCAAAUUCUCAAGCUGGAGAAGGAGAUGUAAGCGGCGUCAGAAACAGGUCUUCUCGUUCCCCUCCUACCUCGUUCUUGAUACGAGUUGCGAUGAGGGUCUCAAGGGCUAGAUGGUUCAGCUUUCUGAGAAGGGUCUUCCACUACCAGAAUGGCUCAAGGUCCGAUCUCGACACCAACCCUUUCAAUUCCAGGACCUGGAUGUUGCUGGAGCUUGUAGCUUUGAUCCUUCAGCUCGCCGUGAGUGGCUUCACUCUGUCGGUUUCCAAAACAGAGAAGCCUGUUUGGCCCAUGAGAAUUUGGGUAGUUGGUUACGACAUUGGCUGCGCACUCAACCUGCUCUUGCUCUACGGUCGAUUCAGACAACUCUACCGCUCACAUGGAGAAGAAGGCUUUCCACUUCCCGAUCUUGAGCAGCAGAGAAUCAACGAGUCCAGUAGCAGCGUGUACCGGUGCACCCACUUGAUGAACAAAUGUCGGACGUCGCUUGAGCUAUUCUUUGCAAUCUGGUUUGUUAUGGGAAACGUCUGGAUAUUCGACUCAAGAUUCGGGUCGAUCAACCGAGCUCCGAAGCUCAAUGUGCUUUGCGUCUCCCUCCUAGCAUGGAACGCAGUCUGCUACUCAUUCCCUUUCCUGUUGUUCUUGCUCCUGUGUUGCUGUGUCCCUCUCAUCAGCACCUUCCUUGGCUACAACAUGAACAUGGGCUCUGCUGACAGAGCUGCCUCCGAUGACCAAAUCUCCAGCCUCCCAAGUUGGAAUUACAAAAGUCUCGAUGACGACGAAAAGGAAGAUGAAGAUUCCAAUUCAGCCCCUGCAAGUGAGGAAUGUUGCAUUUGUCUAGCAAAAUACAAAGACAAGGAAGAAGUAAGACAGCUUCCAUGUUUACAUAUGUUUCACUUGAAAUGUGUGGAUCAAUGGCUCAGGAUCAUAUCAUGUUGCCCUCUCUGCAAACAAGAACUGAAGAGAUGACAAAGAGUCCUUCAUCCAUAUGCCUCCUUCCUUCUACAUUCAUAUCAAUGAUAUCAGUUCUCUUGUAUUUUAUCUCUUCUGUUUAUUUUUCCCCCUUGGGGUUCAUAUCCCUAAUUCGAUGUUCGAUAUUAAUUUUUCGGAUGCAUUUUACGUGAAGAGUGAGAGUGAAGAUUGGUUACGAGAGUGAGAGAGCUAGCUAGAGAGCUAAAGGCUUUGCUUGCAUGUAUAUUGAAGCAAGCUCACCAGUAGCCAUUUGUUACUACUCUCUGCAUGUUUUCUUAUGAGAAGAAAUCUCAUUUUUACUGUAUACAGGCAGGCCAAAUUCAAUGUAUGGCAGUUUUAAUGAUGCAGUCUUUGAAUGACAGUGCCUACAAUAUUAAUGCCUU